GGUCCCUACUCCUUCCGAGUUUACGCUUGCAACGCAGGCUAAUUAGAUAUCGUAUCAAGUACACCAGAACUGAUGCCAUUUUGUUUCUAUUCCUGUAGAAAGCGCCGCUGUCAGAUGAUUGGUGUUUCUUGGACACGACUUAUCCUGACAGAGUUUAUCGUGUUGACGUAGCACAGGAAAAAAUAUACAAUGUGGUGGACAUUCUAGAGGAUGGAAUAUUCAUUGUCGACCUAAAGGAUGACUCAUUAAAGAAACAAACGAAUAACAAGAGCUCUACAGCUACGUCGUCGACUCGACUUAAAAGACCGCUGUCCGUUCCUGUAGAUCCUAUAACCAGGCCCUCGAAUCUUGGCAGUCGGUCACCAGUCACUUUGCCACCACCCAGGAUGUACAACAAUUCACUUGGAUCCAGUCCAUCCGAGAGCGUGGAGGAUAUUGUGGAAAGCACUAUCAUGACACCGUUUUCCGCUAAAGAGUUCAAGUUGCCAUCCCCAGAUGGAGAUGAAGCGGACGCCAUUUGGGUGAAGAACGAAAUCAUGAAGCGCAAUGAACACAGCAUGAUCGAGGCUUCCAAAAGUGGAGAAUUGGACAAAGUAAUCGCGUUACACCGUGGCGGCGCAAGUCUGUCAGCUGGUGAUCACCGUGGCUGGAGACCGCUACAUUACGCCGCGCGGCACGGUCAUAAGGAAGUGGUCAGAUACAUUAUCUCCAAUGUUCCACGAUGUGUUUUGGAUCUUGUCGAGGAAGAAAAAGGUCAAACCGCCCUUCAUAAAGCCGCCCUUUACGAACGACGCACAAUAUGCUCGCUUUUAGUUCAGGCCGGCGCUUCACUCACGAGAACAGACUACGAUGGCAAUACCCCAAGAAUUCAAGCUUUGAAAGCACAAGACAAGGAACUUGCCAAAUAUCUUGAAACGCAAGAGCACCUUCAAAUCAUAGCAGCAGAGGAUUACGAAACUGCAGUGUAAAAAGAGAAAUUCAGCGGUUCACAGUGUUAUUUUAGAUGUCGUCAUAUAACAAGGAACGAAUGUAACGUGUAUAAAAGAUAAUCUAGAUAGCAAUAGUAGCUCGUUAUUUUUAAAAUAAUAGCUUAUUAGAAAAUUUCAAACGAUGUGGUAUACAUCAAUUUGUAGAUGAUAAUCAUAGAAAUUUAAAUACUCUUUAAGAUAAUUUAAAAUGAAUUGGCACGAAUAUGUGCUAAAGAGAUCUAAUUAAUUUACUCCUGUUAUAAGUAAUAAUUGGCUGAAUUCAAACCGCAUUUGAUGGCCAUUGGAGGCAACUAUGUCUUCGUUUUUAAUUGAUAUCAUUUCAUUUUUGCUCUUACUCCCCCCCCCCUAUUUUUUCGUUGCGGUGUUGCAGCGUUUCCAAGGCAAUUAUUUUCUAUUUUGUUGAAAGAAUUAGAUUUCUUUCCUAAUGAUAUUAUUUUUCAGGCGAAGAACAAGGGGCAGUUUCCAUGCAAACAAAACAAUCCGGUUUUAAUUUCCGGACAUUUCCAGCUGUGAAUGGAAUAGCUUUUCCAAAAUGCCCAAAGAGAGGACAACCUCGCGAGCUAUACACAAAUUUUCGAAAAUUUCUAUUGUUUUUUUUUUUUUUUUAGAAUUUCCUUUCCAUUGGAAUUUUGUAAUUUUGAGCGAAUUGGUUCGCAUUUCGGAAAUUGAACAAUGGAAUUUUUCGUCGAAUGGAAAGUGCUCAAGAAAAACUGAUCUGUUGGCAUGUUGUAAUGAUGAAGCAUAACCUGUUCAAAGCCCUUCUUUCAU